CGGAGCUCCUGUAUAUACAGGCUCUAGACGCCGGUCAGUCUGCCUCAAACAGUAGCGUGGAUCGGUCGCUUCUUAAUCGUGUGUGGCUGUUGUUACUCACGAGCAGUGUGUGUUGCGUGUAGCAAGUGACGAUGGACUGGCACCUGAGGACUGCUUGGUGUCUGAUGGUGGCGGUGUGGUUGCACAGCAGUGUAGGCCGUGGCACUGGCUUCAUCUGGAGCUGGAACAAGAACAUGAGCAGCGACUGGGGCAGCCGGGACACCGAGAUCAUCUCCAAGCCAAUCUACAUGCCUGGCAUCCAGAGUGGCACUGGAAGCAAACCUGCAGACUUCCCACAGCAGCCUCUGUAUAACCCCAAUUAUUUCGGUCAGCCAUCAGGCACCAGUAAAUUGGCACACGAGGCCAGAUAUCCUGGCUACCAACAGGCCUACCCAGGAUAUCUAAACUAUCCAGCUGGAUACCCCAGGUCUCCUGGAGAUUAUGGAGGCCACGGAGGCUACCCGUCAUCGUCAGAUGGAAGCACUUACGAUGGGCACCAACAAGUGUACACUGGCUCUCCAGGCUUCGUCCAUUAUCCGAGCAACAGAUACUCUGGUGGUGGCUCACAGUGGAGUCCUCCUGGAUACACGUCCAGCUACAGUAUGAUGCCAGGCCUCGAUGGUAUCUACAGUGCCAGUGGCAGCCGUUUCUCGACAAGCUACCAUUCCAGCCCGUUUGGACUCUCAAAGAAUUUUUUUAGGCCAAGCUUCCCAACCGUCAUCUUGCCAAUACCACACUAUCACUACCCUUCAAGCAUUCCACCGAAGACGACUUGGGGCUGUGACUGCUACAUCCAGCAUGCAACAGCAGUGUGCAUGUACAGGCUGAAGGAUAACUUAAUACCGCCUUGUGUGGGUUUGUCAGUCACUGCAGUGUUCAUCCAGUCAGAGGAAGUUGACUGGCUGUCUGUUGACGCAUUCAGGUACGUUCCACAUCUAGAGUACAUAAACAUGACGGACACAAUGCUCAUUUCACUGCCAAGGGACCUUUUUCACUCCACCCGUGACCUGAAGCAUCUGUCGAUUCAACGAAAUCAUGACUUGAGAUCUUUGGACCGUGAUGUCUUCAGGGAUGCUAGCAAGCUUGAGGAUGUUAUUUUGGACCGCAAUGACAUCAAUUCACUGGAACAAGAUGUGUUCACACACUUGAAAAGUGUCCAGAGGCUGAACCUAGCCUACAAUAAGAUCAGGAGCCUGCCCAAGGAUAUCUUCAGAGAUAAUCGAGAACUACAGGAGCUGGUGUUGUCGGGGAACCCACUGCACUUUACCUCAGAUACAGCAAGGUACCUGCUGAGAAACAAUGGCAAACUGCGAGUGCUUCUGAUGCGCAAAUGCAAACUCGAGGACCUUGCAACUGGCCUUCUGGGAAGUUUAUCAAAUCUGGAAUGGCUGGACCUGUCACGCAACAGGAUCUCUAAGUUCCCUUUGGAGUUCAUUCAGAACUGCACAAAGCUGUCCUACUUAGGACUCGCCUACAAUAAGUUUAGGGUCUUCAGCUCAGAUAUGUUUUACCAACGUGGCGGAUCUCUUGCUACUUUGGAUCUGGAAGGCAACCCUUGGCACUGUGACUGCGAUCUUCUGCCACUGGCCAGCUGGGCCAGUUUGCGAAAAGACGCAGUGCCGGGACAGCCCAGAUGCAGCACCCCACAUUACGUCGAGAAAGAAUCCCUGCAGCACUGGUUCCACUGCAAAGAUCCGACGAAGUGUAGUGGCGCCACCUCGUCGCUGCGAGCAGAUCUGAAUCGUGUGCUGUCCGUGGCUCGUGCCAUUGCCGAGCAGCAGUCGAGCUUCUUUGCAAACUUGCUCCCCGUCUCCGACGAGGAAGUCAAUUUAACUGCUACGUAUUACUUUUUGCACGCUAUGGCUGCCCAAACCGGUGACGACGUGGACAGUGUGGUGUGGCGCUGGGCACGGUUCCUCGAGAAAGUUCUGGACAGGCGGCACCUCCGCUACGUGGAGAAGGCCGCCGAUACAGGCCUCGAUCCUAUCGGCUCGGACAGGACUCGGCUUCUCCUCAGUAAGCUGGACAAAGAUGGUCCAUUUAAUUUUAACGUGGACUUAAACGUGGACCCACUUGCAACUACCACCACAAAGCCACCAACAGCCAGAGCUAAUGAGCAGCCCCUGAGGCCAAAGGGCUUUGAACCAUUUGUAAAUUUCACUUAUGUUCUGAAAAAUGUUCCACAUAAUCUGACAAAAGUUGUUGAUGAGACUAUUGAGGAAGAGCUGAAGAUUGUGUUUGGAAUUAUCAGUCGUACCAGUGCCAGCAGCCCGAGAGUUACAGCAUCCAAUGGAAUACCACGGAAUUCAGAAGGCUUCUACAUGACUUCAGCAUCUGCCAACGACAUGGCAGCGCUGCCAAAGAAGUUGAGUGCUGCAGAGCAGAUGGUGGCCGGCCUGCGUUUCGAGCUUCGCAAGAUGCUUUCUGUUCUACUGCAGAGCAUUGAUCGGGCCAAGUGGGUCGCCGUGUGCCAAAAGUUUGUCAACGAGGAUGAGGAGAAAGCUAGGAAAUCUCAACAGCAGCCAACACUCACCACUGAUCCGAUGAACACAAGGAGAGUGAGAAGCAGUGCAGAGAGCUGUGUGCUGACACAGCCUCGACUGACUGUGCUUGUUGUUUUUCUGACUCUAUUGGCCCAGCCUCUUGUGUAAUUGCUCCAUACAGCUGUGCAUGUAAUAGCUGGCUUCUGCUACAUCUGCCUUAAUUUAUUAUAAAAUGCAUUUUCUUCAUCAAUCUUUAUGUCAUUGCCUUUACUCCUUAUUGAGUUAUUAUGAAUUGAAAAUACAAGUGUACUUUGAAGAAUAUUGUGGGAACAAUUUUGCUCCUUGGGUGGAAUCUGAUUUAUAGUAAAAUAGUGCAGCUA